CGAGGAAGAAUAGGGUGUCCUCAGUUUUAAUAUUUUUUUUUUAACAACUGCAUUUUUGUCGCUGUAGCUAGCUAGUAUAGUUUUUAUUUUAAUAUAAUCAGCAAGAGCAUAAGCAAAAUAAACAAAGGGAGAAGUGGAUCCACAUCUGUUUUUGUAGCAAACGAAGUUAAUGACAUUACUGUAACGUUAGAUUAGCUACUACUAGCUAACUGCUUCAUCGCAUAAGAAGAUAACCAACGCAGCUAGCUUGCUAGCCGAGUCGGAUAACGUUAGUACACGACUACGGAUCUAAACAACGAUCAAAGAGUUCCAGUAAAGUCAAAAUGAGUGCUCCCUCCUCCCAAAAAGUUGUGCUGAAAAGCACCACCAAGCAGUCCCUGAAUGAGCGCUUCACUACCAUGCUGAAGAACAAGGCGCCGACUGCGGUGAGCGUGCGUGCCACCAUGCAGCAGCAGCACAUGGCCAGCGCCCGCAACCGCCGCCUCGCCCAGCAGAUGGAGAACAGGCCCUCUGUGCAGGCCGCUCUGCACCACAAGCAGAGUUUGAAGCAACGCCUGGGGAAGAGCAACAUCCAGGCCCGGCUUGGCCGGCCCAUCGGGGCCUUGAUGCGGGGGGGCGCCGGAGGCCGCGGUUUCGCCGUUGGAGGAAUGCGGGGGAUGACCAGGGGUGGACUGAGAGGUCGAGGCAGAGGGGCCCUUAGAGGAGCUAUGGCUCUGAGAGGGAACCGGCUUGCCCCAGGCAUGGUCCCGAUGCGUGGCAGAGGCGGCCCAGGUCGCGUGGCGUUCCGUAGGGGCAUGCGUCAGAGAGGAGGGCCGGCUGGCCGUGGAGGUACCAUCGGCAGAGGAGCUGGAAGAGGAGCAGGAGCCAGAGGUCGGGGUGGUCUGCGCGGGCGUGGUGGCUUCGCCGGCAGGGGUCCUGGCCGCGGUCGUGGAAGAGGAGGCCGUGGCAGAGGUGGUGGUCCGGGAAUGACCCGCGAGCAGCUGGACAACCAGUUGGAUGCCUAUAUGUCCAAGACAAAGGGCAAUCUGGAUGCUGAGCUGGAUGCGUACAUGGCUCAGGCUGACCCCGAGGGCAUGGAGUGAACCGGGUCCUCCAACCCCAGAGAUCAAGGACUCUAAACAGGUCCACACUAAGACAGGACUGACAUGACUCAAGCUUGUAUAGUACUAUUAUACCACACAAACCUAAUGAUAAACCCACAUUUGUAAACUCCCACACACUGCACUCAUUCUGAAAGUGUGGGCCUAUGAAGAGCUCUGUUUGAAAUGGGCUGUUGUCCUGAAUGUUGACUUGACCGUGUCAUCAAUAUCAAAGUAGACUCACACCCGUGCAGUUUUAAACCUGUCCUCAAAGUGCAAAUGUGCAUGAAGAACGCAACCUUUUUUUUAAACCUGGAUGGACUACACUGAUUGGGCUAGAAACUUGAAGAACCAAUGCUAUAAAUGCUCCCGAAAGGCCUCCUUUUUGGACCAGACUGUCUCCUGGCAGUUUUUGAAGUGGAGUUAGACUAUUUAAGAACUUUCACGUCUGUCCAUAUGACUAAGUGCUUUGUUAGGGGAUGAACAUCGCCACUUCUCAUGUCCAACUGUCAUCUACUCAUGUUUUGUGUUUUUUACAGUAAUGUUUUUGUUUAGAAUUUUAUUUCAUAAUAGUUGCUCUUGUUGUUGCAGAAAUGGGGAAUGGUUUCUCAAGUUUGAAAAAUACAAAGAAAAUGACAAAUCUAUUGGUUUCUAUUUAAAGAAAUGGCGCUUGUACAAUUUGCCUGAAGUCAUAAAUUUGUUCAUUGCCGUUUUGUAGUUGACAAAGUUGCCUUUGUUAAUGUCUCCAACUGAAUGAUUGUGUACUUGUUUGGUUAACUCCCGUAAGUUUUUUAUGGGUGUUGGACAGACCAAAUGAGCAAUUACCCAAGGAGAUGGACAAUAUUUUCAUCAGAAAGUUGCACGUGUGAAUUUCCCCUGCUGGUGUCAGUUGUAUUUCAAAAUGCUUUUUAAAAAGCUGUAGUGGUUGUUGUACAGGACAACGCUCGCAUGAGUGUUUCCUCCCGAUAGACCCAAUCUAAACUUCACUUGCUACGUAUGUCCCUCUCCCAACUGGUUGUCAUAGACUAGAGAAUAAAAUUUAUAUUGUAAUUUUCUCUUAA